AUGGCUCGAGAUGACCCGAGAUUCGCCGCGGCGCACACGCUCUGGGCGGAGGAUGGGCAGUGCACGCUGCGGCUGCUGCACUACCCGCCGGCGCGCCGGCCCGCACACGGACUGGUGGACCCGGUCGAGGGUGGCAUCGCCGUCAACAUCGGCGACAUGCUCUCGCGCUGGUCCAACGAUAGCCUCCUCUCCAAUCUUCACCGCGCCGACAAGCACGUGCUCAUCGAGUCGCGCCACGGCGCGAUCACCGCCGGAGAUUACAUCCUGGGCCGCAUCCGAUCCAACUUCGACAAGAAGGGGUGA